AUGCGGACGCCGGUGGUUAUGAUUCUGGGCAUGGUGUUCACGCCCUGCGGGCUGCUGCUCAAUCUCAUCAGUACGUUGACCCCCGGCUGGCGGCUGGGGAAGGGCUUUCUGAACCAGCCACAGGACGUGGUGCUGUACCAGGGUCUGUGGGACAUAUGUCGCGAACAGAGCAGCCGCGAACGCCAGUGCGGCCAGCCCGACGAGUGGAACUACUUCCAAGCCGAGCCUGUGCAGGCGGCCCGGGGACUCAUGAUCACGUCGCUGGCUGUCACCGCUCUGGGGCUGCUGCUGGCGACGCUCGGCGUGCGCUGCUGGCAAGAUGAGCCCCACUUCGGGCUAGCUGGCCUCUCGGGCAUCGUGCUUUUCGUUGCGGGCCUCUUUAGCCUCGUCCCAGUCUCCUGGUACAACCACUUUUUGGGGGACCGCGGCGUCCUACCCGCCCCGGACAGCCCGGUUACUGUGGAAGUCAGCUAUAGCCUGGUGCUGGGCUACCUAGCCAGUUGCUUGCUGCUGCUGGGCGGCUUCUCCCUGGCGCUCAGCUUUGCGCCCUGGUGCGAAGAGCGCUGUCGCCGCUGUCGCAAGGCGCCCUCCGCAGGCCCGCGCCGCAGCAGCAUCAGCACUGUCUACGUGGAUUGGCCGGAGCCCGCGCUCACACCGGCCAUCAAGUACUACAGCGAAGGCCAGCAUCGCCCUCCUCCCACCGAGCCCCGGGACACCAGCAAGCUCAAGGUCGGAUUCCCGAUGCCACGGCCGCCACCCAAGUCCUACACAAGCCCAGUGGAUGUGCUUGAUGGAGAAGAGAAGACGGCCACUUCCCAAGGAGGUUCCUCCUCUCGCAGCACUAGGCCCUGCAACAAUUCGCUGCCCUGUGACUCAGACUUGUAG